CGGUGCUGGGACCAUAACAACAAAGGAGCUGGGGACUGUGAUGAGGUCUCUUGGGUAGACCCCCACUGAAGCAGAGCUACAGGACAUGAUUAAUGAAGUAGAUGCAGACGGUAAUGGCACAACUGAGUUCCCUGAACUUUUGACAAUGAUGGCCAGAAAAAUGAAAGAUGCAGACAGUGAAGAGGAAAUCAGAGAAGCAUGCCGCGUGUUUGAUAAGGACGGCAAUGGCUACGUUAGCGCCGCAGAGCUUCGCCACGGGGUGACAAACCUUGGAGAGAAGCUGACAGAUGCAGAGGUUGACGACAUGAUCGGGGAAGCAGAUAUUGAUGGUGACGGGGCGGGCAAACUAUGA